AUGAAACAGUUAUUUCUGAUUUUGGCCUUACUCUGUGGCGCAUAUUUACCAUAUGUUUCAGGAAACCUGAAUAGUGGACUUCGAGUUUCAGGAAAGCUGAAGAGUGGACUUCGAGUCAAGUUCAGCGUCGGUAUUCGGCCUGGAAUAGACUUCUUCUUCCCAUUACCCCGCACUGUAUAUGACGCUAAGUGCGAAGGCUGGACUUUAACGGAACGCCCGUCUGGACAUAUGCCUAGCCUCGUCAUGUACUGCCCGGGAGAACGGAUUGUGUGCACGAUGUUUGACCAGGACGAAAACAUUGCUGGUCUCCAAAUAGCUGUCCCAAAAGACGAGAUUACUGACUCCACAUUGGACUGGCCUACUCAAGGAUGGACCAAAUGGACAACCACAACAACUUCCGGAGAAACUACAACCUUCUGGACUAUUCAACAAUAUUUUGUCUCUAAAGACACUUUAAAGACGAUCAAGGAAGAACGCUUUACGGUCUUGGAACGUGCCCGAGAUGUAUUGCGUGAGAAUGCAGUCUGGGUGACAGCCUUCAACGGUGAACUAGUGAAAAUCUCCAAAAAUGCUGCUGAUAUCAAAACCAGCAUAUUCACACGCCAAGCCUGUAUUCCUGGGAUGGGUCGUCACUAUUUCUACAAUAUGACUUCGGAGACUCCCUGCACAUCGAGCACUCUCUUUCCGUGGUUCGCAAUCGUACAUUCUGGUGAGCUGGUCGCCACAGGUCUUAUCGCACAGGGCAAGCUGCCAGUAAAGAGCGACCAGAGGGAUUGGUUUGAAAGACCUCACAAACUUGUUGUUAAGACUAUAGUGCCCGACGGUCCACAAUGCCUGUACGACCUUGUUGAGAAGCAUGGUGCCGUGACCAUGCAUAUCUAUUACGUUGAAAGACCCUGGUUCAUCGGUUGUUUGAGAAAUUGA